UACCCACUUUUGUCAGAAGUUAAUUUUUUUGUAUGCUAAUCGAAAUUAUAAUCCAAUUCGAAAUUAAACCCUAUACAAACCCCAAAUGGCGGAAGAAGAAGGCCACGUCUACCCCCCGCUCAUCAUUAGUUUAAUAACGGAAUUCUUCGGCACGGCGGAAUUGAUGUUCAUAGGUUGCAUGGGAUGCAUAGUUGGCUACGAUAAUGGGCCCCUAAUGGCCGCCACAACGUUCGCAAUGGCGGUUUUGAUCGCCAUAGAAAUGUUCGGCCAUUACGGUCCUGUACACCUCAAUCCGGGCGUCACCGUGGGAUUUAUAAUCAUGGGACACAUGCCUUGGAAAACGAUGAUCAUGUACUUCAUUGGACAAUUUUUCGGCGCCUUCGCCGGCUACGGCCUUUUAUAUCUGGUGACGCCUUACAAGCAAGACUUGUGCCUGCUAACGAUCAGAUUCGAUUUGGGCACGGUGGAAUGUUUCUUCAACGAGUUCGUGUGCAGCGCCCUGUUGAUGUUGGUCGUUUUGGGCGCCACCGAUCCCAUCAACAAAGACAUCACCGAUUCGAUCCCAUUGAAAAUCGCCUUCGCCCUGCUGGGCCUCAUCUUCGCCUUGGAGCCCUUCACAGGCGCAGGGCUUAACGCUGCGAGAGCUGUACCGCCCUGCGUAUUUUUCAAUGAUUACAGGCAAUUGUGGUUGUACAUGGUGGGACCAACGCUUGGAAUGGCUUUGGCAGCGACAUUGUAUAGAUUCGUGUUUGAUUCUAACGAGAAAUAUUCCCUACAUACCUUCCUGAUAAAUUUCAAAAAUAGGGGGGAUUAGAAGGGGGUUCGAUAUGUUUUUUUUUUUUAAUGCGGCUGGAUUGGAUGCGGCUAAAGUUUAUUUUUAUUCGUAUAAGUAGAGUUCAAAUUUGGUGUUUG